AUGGCGGCCGCCAAGGUGGCUUUGACCAAGAGAGCAGAUCCAGCUGAACUUAAAACAAUAUUUUUGAAGUAUGCAAGCAUUGAAAAAAAUGGUGAAUUUUUCAUGUCUCCCAAUGACUUCGUCACCCGAUAUUUGAACAUUUUUGGAGAAAGCCAGCCUAAUCCAAAGACUGUGGAACUUUUAAGUGGUGUGGUGGAUCAGACUAAAGAUGGAUUAAUAUCCUUUCAAGAAUUUGUGGCAUUCGAAUCUGUCCUGUGUGCCCCGGAUGCUCUGUUUAUGGUGGCCUUCCAGCUGUUUGACAAAGCUGGCAAAGGAGAAGUUACUUUCGAGGAUGUUAAGCAAGUUUUUGGACAGACCACAAUUCAUCAACAUAUUCCAUUUAACUGGGAUUCAGAAUUUGUGCAACUACACUUUGGGAAAGAAAGAAAAAGACACCUGACCUAUGCAGAGUUCACUCAGUUUUUACUGGAAAUACAGCUGGAACAUGCAAAGCAAGCCUUUAUUCAGAGGGACAAUGACAGGACUGGAAAAGUCACAGCCAUUGACUUCCGGGAUAUCAUGGUCACCAUUCGCCCUCACGUCUUGACACCAUUUGUAGAAGAAUGUCUAGUAGCAGCUGCUGGAGGUGCCACGUCCCAUCAAGUUAGUUUCUCCUAUUUUAAUGGAUUUAACUCGCUCCUAAACAACAUGGAACUCAUUAGAAAGAUCUAUAGCACUCUGGCUGGCAACAGGAAAGAUGUAGAGGUGACUCAGGAGGAGUUUGUUCUGGCAGCUCAGAAAUUUGGUCAGGUUACACCCAUGGAAGUUGACAUCUUGUUUCAGUUAGCAGAUUUAUAUGAGCCACGGGGACGCAUGACCUUGGCCGACAUUGAACGGAUUGCUCCUCUGGAGGAGGGGACUCUGCCCUUCAACUUGGCUGAAGCCCAGAGGCAGAAGGCAUCAGUGGAUUCAUCUCGACCAGUUCUCCUGCAAAUUGCAGAGUCAGCCUACAGGUUUGGUCUUGGUUCCAUUGCUGGAGCUGUCGGAGCCACUGCGGUGUACCCUAUCGAUCUGGUAAAAACUCGAAUGCAGAACCAACGAUCGACCGGUUCUUUCGUAGGAGAACUUAUGUAUAAAAACAGCUUUGACUGUUUCAAGAAAGUACUGCGCUAUGAAGGCUUCUUUGGACUGUAUAGAGGUCUGUUGCCACAGUUAUUGGGAGUCGCCCCAGAGAAGGCCAUAAAACUUACAGUGAAUGAUUUUGUGAGGGAUAAAUUUAUGUGCAAAGAUGGCUCAGUCCCACUGGCAGCAGAAAUUCUCGCCGGAGGCUGUGCAGGGGGCUCCCAGGUGAUUUUCACCAACCCUUUGGAAAUUGUCAAGAUCCGUUUGCAAGUGGCUGGAGAGAUCACCACGGGGCCCCGAGUCAGCGCUCUGUCCGUCGUCAGGGACUUGGGCUUCUUCGGGAUCUACAAGGGUGCCAAAGCUUGCUUUCUGCGGGACAUUCCUUUCUCGGCCAUCUACUUUCCGUGCUACGCUCAUGUGAAGGCAGCCCUUGCAAGCGAAGAUGGGCAGAUUAGCCCUGGAAGUCUGCUCUUAGCUGGCGCCAUAGCUGGUAUGCCGGCAGCCUCACUAGUGACCCCUGCUGAUGUUAUCAAGACGCGAUUACAGGUGGCCGCCCGUGCUGGCCAGACCACUUACAGCGGAGUGAUAGACUGCUUCAGGAAGAUCCUGCGAGAGGAAGGCCCGAAAGCUCUGUGGAAAGGAGCUGGCGCUCGAGUGUUUCGGUCCUCCCCCCAGUUUGGUGUAACUUUGCUGACCUAUGAAUUGCUCCAGCGAUGGUUCUACAUUGACUUCGGAGGAGUGAAACCCAUGGGAUCGGAGCCAGUUCCUAAAUCCAGGAUCACCCUGCCUGCCCCCAAUCCUGAUCACGUUGGGGGCUACAGACUGGCAGUUGCAACAUUCGCAGGGAUUGAAAACAAAUUUGGACUUUACCUGCCUCUCUUCAAGCCGUCAGCAUCUGCCUCACCAGCCGUGGGUGGAGGCCCAUAG